AUGAUCUCAAUAUAUUUGAUGAAGCAUUUGCUAAUGUCAGGCUGUGGACAUGCUACCUAUUUACCUGGCUUUGUGAGGUCUACCUACACUUUAAAAAGUGUGAGAUUCUUUAGCGGCUCACACAUAAUAUUUGGUAAAAGGAAGAAAACAAAAAAGAGUAGAACUGAAAAGAUUCAGUCUACUGCCGAAAGUACAGUUGAAGAGCUGGAUAUGCAACAGUUUUUGUUGAAUGCAUCAAAAGAAUUCGAGAAAAGUAUUGAAUGUUACAGCAAGGAGGCCACGCAGUUGAAGAUGGGUAAAUCUAACCCAAAGAUCUUUGACCAUUUAAAGGUCCAGCUUUCCAAUCAGAAAACUGCGAAUUUUCAACAGAUUGCGCAAACAGUUAUGAAAGGAAAUAAGUUUUUAAAUGUUACUGUAUUUGAUCCAAAUGAUACGAAACAUGUUGUUAGUGCUAUUUUAGGUGCCAAUUUGAACCUUAAUCCGGUCGUUGAUCCGAAGAAUCCUCAACUUUUGAAAGUCCUUUUGCCAAACAGUACAAAAGAAUUAAAAGAAAAACAGUUGAAAAGACUUAAGGAGUUAACAGAUAACUAUAAAACAUCCCAUAACAAUAGAAACUCGUUGGCAUCCCUACGAAACAAAUAUAUGAAACAAAUAAAGGCUGCGGAAGGCUCACAAGAUGCUAUAAAAAAGCUUGAGAAUAGUAUCGAAAAGGUUUAUAGGAGUAACGCCGAUCAGCUAUCUAAAAGAUAUAAAAAUUUCUCUAAUAGCGUUAAAUAA